AUGGGAGCACAUAAAAGCAAACAUUCAAAGAAAGAUGGAGAUGACGAUAUCAAACAGGUAGAGGAUAAAAACAACAAAAACGGAAAUUCUAACAGCACUACAUCAAAAACAACAACGGAAGAGGAUGUCUUUACAAUUCCGUUACCUUCAUUGGAUGAAAUGAAGAAAGUUGUUGAACAGAAAUUGUUGACAAAUGAGAUUUACAGCGCCAAAUUGAAAUCAAACCGAGCAUUGCUGGAGAAGUUCAGAGAUGCUUUAUGUGUCAAGGAAGAAUUAAUCAAAACUUACUUGUCAACCGAUUGGGCAGAAACCAAGAAGCUCACCAUGGACAUGAUGGGACAAGUAAGUGACCAGUCAAGCGGCUCCGCAUUAAAAAGCACAGUGAGCAACAAUCUAGCCAGUUCAGACGUAGGAACAGUGGUCAACAGGGAAGAAGACGAAGAUGACAAUGAAUUGGAUGUAUUGGAUGAAGAAAAUAAUCCAGAGGUUGUCAACAUGCAGAAUGCCAAGAUCAAAAUCAAAUUUAUAGUUUCAGAAGUAUCUCACACAAAAGGAAAAAGAGCAAUCAGAAGAUUACUCUCUCCUGUUGUAUCUGCUUUUGAUGAUACAUUCCCAGAACUGGGAAUGUUUCACAGUGCUUUGCUGAUUGGUCCUUGGAAAUUAGAAUAUAACAACAGUGCUUUGGUGGUGCCAAGAAAAUGUGUCAGCACAGCAUCUUUAAUAACUGCCGACUUGGGGUCCAUUGUACUUGAUGAUAGUCUUGAUGUUUUGGUUUCUAAAUUAGCUGACGUUAUCAUUCGAUGGAAUACAAUCAUGUUUUACAAAGAUCAUGGAGGAACGGGAAGAUAUGGUAAUUGCCAGGACUUUGUUGACUCUGUUUUGAAGGCAAUAGGUGUUAGCAAAGACAAGCUUUACCAAGGCCCUAUGGCCGAAUUCUUAAAGGACAUGAGAUCCAAGGGUAAAUGUGAUCUCGUUUUCAAGAUGGAUUCUGCUUUUAGAAAGAAAUUUAACAGAACAGAGACAGAAAUAGCCUUUAAAACUCAUCUUGAGUUGGAUACAUUUGUGAGUGAAUUAAUGGAAAUUGAUGAUGACUUUCAGAAAAAUCAUCCUCUGGAAUAUAAUUUCUUGAAGAGCUUUGAUAGAUCUUUCUGGCUUAAGCAUUUUAGGUUCCCAGAAGAUCCAAACCACAAACCACUCCACAAAGAAGAAACAGACGACGAAUCCAUGACAGUACAGGUUCCUUGUUGUCCUUUCAAGGACCCUCGAGAAACAUAUUCGCUAAUAUUAAAUUAA